UCGCGUUCUCGAACCGCUCAAAAAAGUGAAAACAAAAACGUGCGCGUCGUUCCGGAUUGUGUCCUGUGUCCAGAAUCUGUGUUUAAACCCAAGAAAAAACGAAUCAAACUGGGCAAAAUGGCCAAACGCGGUGCGCAGUCCGACCUAAACCACGACAACUGGAACGAGGAGGAGGAAACGGAGGAGGCGGGCCGCUUUGCCCAGGCGUCGGAGGACGAACUGAAAAAACGCGUCAUAAAAACGGCCCGUCGGCGCGGCGUCGCUGGCUCAGAUUCCGCGGGCGGCGGUUCGUCGUCGGUGUUUGGUGCGUUCAAGGGGUUCGCCGGGGUGACCUCGACACCGGCGGUGAAGCCGACGGAAGGGGCCAGUCCAUUUUCGUUUCUCAGUGGAAUCGCGAAACCUACGAAUGGGACGGCGGCCACGACGUCCGCGCUGGGGGCCAGCAUCUUUGCCACGACCGAUCCGAGCAAGAAGGUGUUUUCCGGGUUUGGGAGCCCGCCGAAGGAGGCCGGCGGAGCCGGCAAGGACGCUGGGGACGAGGAGUAUGCGGCCAACGUGAAGGCGCUUAAUGUGGCGGUGGCUGCGUGGAUCUCGGAGAAGGUCAAGGAGAAUCCGGUGUGCAAGUUGACGCCGAUCUUUAAGGAUUACGAAAAGUAUCUGGAUGAGAUCGAGGCCAAGAAGAGUAGUGGCAAGGUGGACACGAAGGAGGCUUCCGCUGCAAAGCCGGCCGCCACGGCCUCAAGUGGAUUUACGUUUGGAAGUGUCGCGCCGGCGACGACGACAACCCCGGCCGCGGCACCGACUCCCGCGGCAGCCAAACCCUUUAGCUUCGGAUUUGGCGCGACAAGUUCCGCGCCCGGAACGGGCUUCAGCUUCGCCAACGUGGCCAAACCCGCCGAGGACGCCAAGCCGGACGAAAAGGCCACCGCCGAUGACGACGAGGACGAACCGCCCAAGGUGGAGUUCACGCCGGUCGAGGAAAAGGACAGCAUCUUCUCCAAGCGGUGCAAACUGUUCGUCAAAGCCGACGGCAACUACUCGGACCGUGGCAUCGGAACGCUGCACAUCAAGAAGGUGGACGGCAAGGUGCAAGUGCUGGUGCGGGCCGACACCAGCCUGGGCCAGAUUAUGCUCAACAUCAUCCUGAACGAGGCGGUGCCGGUGCAGCGGAUGGGCAAGAACAACGUCAUGAUGGUGUGCGUUCCGACGCCGGAAACGAAGCCACCGCCGACGUCGGUACUGCUGCGGGUCAAAACGGGUGAGGAAGCCGACGAGCUGUACGAAACGCUGAUCAAGCACAAGCCCAAAUAAAGCGGGUUGGGUUUAUUGGAAAUUGUUUAAUAUUUCACUAAAUAGGGAAUAAAUUACUCAAAAUUUAA